CAGCCUUAUUAUGCACAAAUUAGCUCGCUCCCGCUCUCUUCUUCACAAACUAUCAAUAUCGACAUAUCCUCCUGAGACACCAAAGACUGUAAAGUAGAACACCACGGCACAUACUCUGCCUACCACAUCUAGAUAUUAAGAUCCACGAAAUUCGACCUCUCACCAGACACACUAUGGUCUCACAACACUCGAAGCAGCACGUCGUCGCCAAUCCGCCAUCGGAGGCGGCACUGAACGAAGAGACUUCUCAAUAUAUCCAUGACGCCAACAACAUCGAUCCAAGCAAUGCCAGCGAUGAAACAUUCCAGAAGCAACCCCUCACAACAAUUGUGCUCUUGACGGUCACAUCUUUGAUGGCCAUGUUCUUGAUUGCUUUGGACAGAACCAUUAUCACUACAGCCAUUCCUAAUAUCACCAACGACUUCAGAUCUCUUCCUGACAUCGGCUGGUACGCAAGCGCAUAUCUUAUGACAUGCGGCGCCUUCCAGCUCAUGUUUGGAAAGAUCUACUCCAUGUACAGUGUGAAGGCGGUCCUAAUCCUGAGCAUCUUGCUCUUUGAGAUUGGCUCUGCUAUCUGUGGAGCUGCUCCUAACUCGAUAGCAUUCAUCAUUGGAAGAUCAGUGGCAGGAAUUGGUGCGGCUGGUAUACUUGCCGGAUCUGCGGUGACUAUUACCCGCAUUGUCCCUCUUAAGAAGCAACCAGGAAUGAACGGCCUUCUGGGCACCGUCUUUGGAAUUGCUAUCAUCCUGGGGCCAUUAAUCGGCGGUGCGCUCACCUCGAAUACCACGUGGCGAUGGUGCUUUUACAUCAACCUACCCAUUGGUGGAGUGGUCAUGCUCGUCCGGGCGUUCACCAUCAAAGUCCCCAACUCAAAAACUGUUAGCUUCUCCUGGAGAGAGAAGCUGUGGCAAUUGGAUCCCCUUGGUGCUUUGUGUCUCAUACCUGGUGUAAUCUGCUUAGUGCUAGCACUUCAGUGGGGAGGCCAAGCGUAUGCGUGGAAUAGCAGCCGCCUUGUCGCAUUAUUGACUGUCAUGUCAAUUUUACUUGUCUCUUUCGUUGCUGUCCAGGUGUUGCUCCCAAAGACAGCAAUGGUCCCUUCUCGGUUAUUCAAGCAACGUAGCGUCGUUGCAGGUCUGUGGCAAAUGUCUUUUAUCGGUGCUGGGAUGUACGUCAUUAUCUAUUACCUUCCGGUUUGGUUUCAAACCGUCAAAGACGACUCUGCGGUGAAAGCCGGCAUCAAGCUCCUUCCCUUGAUGUUGUCAAUGCUUGUCGGAUCAAUUGUCUUUGGGGGCAUCACUCAGAAGCUUGGAUACUAUACGCCAGUCGGGAUCCUAGGAGUUGCUAUCAUGGCUGUUGGAGCUGGACUUUUCGUUCUACUCGAAGUCGACACAGGCCAUGCAAAAUGGAUCGGUUAUCAGGUUGUAUUUGGAUUCGGCAUGGGCCUUUCGAUGCAGACACCAAUUAUCGCUAUCCAGACAGUUCUGUCGUCACAGGAUGUUCCGGUCGGAAUGGCCUUGUUGUUCUUCGGUCAGCUCCUAGGUGGAGCGAUUGGCGUCCCAAUAGGGACGAAUAUACUGGAUAACCAGCUCCUGAAGAAGCUUACCGGAGUUUCUGGGUUCAACGAGUUGCUUGUUACGUCUGGCGGUGUUACCGGACUGAUCAGCUCGCUGCCUCCAGAACUAAAGCCGGUGAUUCUUAAGGCAUAUAACGCGGCGCUCCAGGACGUGUUCAAAGCUGGGGUGAUCCUCACGGCGUCGGCUUUCCUUGGUGUAGCUGGGCUGGAGUGGAAGAGUACGCGCCAGGGCUCUGGCGACGGAGCUAAAUCCCCUCUAGCGGAUGAAGAGAAGAAUAGCUGAGUUGACGAGUCGAGUGUGACGAUAUUCUAUUAUCUGUUCCCAAUGUGAGUAAACAACAUUCAGUCAGAAUAUUAGGCUACGAAGUGGAAACUUAUCGCAUGCAUCGAGGAUAGGAGAUCCACCAUCUCGGAAGCGAGAAGUUUUGCAUGGGAUCAAUAGAAAGC